CUCUGCUCUAACAAGGGCAUCAGGACAAAGCCACCACCACUCACCCCGGCUCUGCACGCGCCCAACGAUGACUUCUAUCCCAGGCUAACCAGAAAGGCCAUGGGUGCUGAGAGAGCCCCCCAGAGCCAGCCAUGCACCCUGCGCCUCCUCGUGCUCGUCCCCAUCCUCCUCAGCCUGGCGGCCUGCCUGGACUGGAGGGCUGACCACAGCCAGGACCCCUUCGAGAAAUGCAUGCACGAUCCUGACUAUGAGCAGCUGCUCGAGGUGGUGACCUUGGGCCUCAAUCGGACCCUGAAGCCCCAGAAGGUGAUCGUGGUUGGCGCUGGUGUGGCUGGGCUGGUGGCCGCCAAGGUGCUCAGUGAUGCUGGACACAAGGUCACCAUCCUGGAGGCAGACAACAGGGUCGGGGGCCGCAUCUUCACCUACCAGGACCCGAAGACUGGCUGGAUUGGGGAGCUGGGAGCCAUGCGCAUGCCCAGCUCCCACAGGAUCCUGCAUGCGCUCUGCCGCAGCCUGGGACUCAACCUGACAGAAUUCGCCCAGUACGACGAGAACACGUGGACGGAAGCGAACAACGUGAAGCUGCGGAACUACGUGGUGGAGAGGAUGCCCGAGAAGCUGGGCUACGCCCUGCGCCCCAGGGAGAAGGGCCACUCGCCCGAGGGCAUCUACCAGAUGGCUCUCGACAAGGCCCUCAAAGAUCUCAAGGUCCUGGGCUGCAGAAAGGCAAUGAAGAAAUUUGAAAGGCACACGCUCCUGGAAUACCUCCUCGGGGAGGGGAACCUGAGCCAGCCGGCCGUACAGCUCCUAGGAGAUGUGAUGUCCAAGGAUGGUUUCUUCUAUCUCAGUUUCUCGGAGGCCCUUCGGGCCCACAGCUGCCUCAGCGACCGGCUCCAGUACAGUCGCAUCGUGGGCGGCUGGGACCUGUUGCCGCGCGCGCUGCUGAGCUUGCUGUCGGGGCCCGUGAUGCUGAACGCGCCGGUCGUGGCGAUGACGCAGAUGCUGCACCAUGUGCAAGUGCAGAUCGCCACCUCCCACCACAAUCUGAAGGCGCUGACCGCGGACGUGGUGCUGCUGACGGCGAGCGGGCCGGCGGUGCAGCGCAUAAGCUUCUCGCCGCCGCUGCCGCGCCGACUGCAGGAGGCGCUGCGUGGUCUGCACUACGUGCCGGCCACCAAAGUAUACCUGAGCUUCCGCCGGCCCUUCUGGCACGACGAGCACAUCCAAGGCGGCCACUCGAACACCAACCGCCCGUCGCGCAUGAUAUUCUACCCGCCGCCGCACGAGGGCGCGCUGCUGCUGGCCUCGUACACGUGGUCGGACGCCGCCGCCUCGUUUGCCGGCCUGAGCCUGAACGAGGCGCUGCGCUUGGCGCUCCGCGACGUGUCGGCGCUCCACGGGCCGAUCGUGCACCAGCUCUGGGACGGCAGGGGCUUCGUCAAGCGCUGGGCAGAGGACCCGCACAGCCAGGGUGGCUUCGUGGUGCAGCCGCCGGCGCUCUGGCACACCGAGGACAACGCGCAGGACUACAACUGGGCCGUCCCUUACGGCCGCAUCUACUUCGCUGGGGAGCACACGGCCUACCCACACGGCUGGGUGGAGACGGCCGUCAAGUCGGCGCUGCGUGCUGCCAUUAGGAUCAACAGCGGGAAGAGGCCUGUGUCCCUGACUGCCGGCGCACAGGAGCCGUGGCAGCGGAAGGGCCACAAGCACUCGAUGGCCAGCAGCACCCCCUAUGACCCGGCAAAGGAAGGUGACACCCAACCUCCAGUACAACCCCAGUUCUCUCUCCCACACACGACCCACAAGAGGACCUCGAAUUAA